CCUGCUCAAAGAAAAUCUUCAUUCCUGUGCGAAAGUGUUAGGCCACCACUGGCUUUGUUGUUUAAAUGACCUUUUCAGAGCAGUCAUUUUGGCAGAGUAAAACAGUGCAGAGCCUGACGGAUACAAGAGGUGUCAGAAAAUGUACAAACUGCCGUGACUAAGGAUAUGUUGCAAUUUUUUUUUUUAUAUAUUUAUAUUAUAUGUUGCAAAAAAAAAAAAAAAAAACUUCCUAUUAGUCAUGCUAAUUUAAGAUUUUAAGACGUAACUCAAUAUUCUUAAUUUCUCCGAAGUAACUUAUUUUGGAUUAUUCAUAUCAUUUCAUCAAUUUGAUACUGUAAAAUCGAUUAAAUUAGUUGAAUUUACUGAACAUGAUCAGGUUCAUGGGCCAUACUUGAUUCACGUGCAUACUUCUCCCUUUCAUGUCUGCAUGGUGUUUUAAGUCACAUCCGCCUUUCCCCUAAAUAACAAGUGAAGCGGAGCUCUCCUUGAAGUCAAACAACUUUUACAUAACUUGGAAGUCAAAUUAAGUAUUUUAAGGCGCCCUGCCUAUUUUCGAGGACAUUUAAGAUUUUUAAGUGUGCCUUAUGGUCGUGAAAUAUGGUACUUUCGAAGUAAACUGUUGCACCAACGUAUUGUCAGAGGUGGGUGGUGUAGUCAAAACAUUUACUCAAGUAAGAGUAGCAUUACUUCCAAAUAAUAUUACUCAAGUACAAGUAAAACAGUAUUCACUGAAAAGAAUACUCAAGUAAUGAGUAACAUUUUAAGUAACUGUUUACAAUGUUUAAUUUUUUUUAAAUUAUGGUAUAUUUUUUCUCAGCACAACUUCAUCGAUAUGAACUGUUAUUAUGAUACUGUAUUAAAUGAUAACACAAAAAUCUGUGAAUUUAGACCAGAACAACAAUAUGAAAUAUCACCCGGCCAAAGAGCAUGAAUACCCUCUAAACGAGAAAAAAACAUUGAAAAACUUUGAUUAGUAUAAUGGAGUCAUGUGGUUGUUGUUUUGACGUCUCAUUAGUAAAACUGAGACUGCCACUGUCGGCAAUAAUAAAGUCAAUAUGUAGAAUAAAGACGAAAAAUGUAACGACUCUAGUGUAGCCCAAAGUAGUGGAGUAAGAGUAGUGUUUCUUCACAAUUCUCCUCAAGUAAAAGUAAAAAGUUUUACGUGGUAAGACGUAUAUUUUUCUCAAAAAGUUACUCAAGUAAAUGUAUCGCGUUACGAACCACCUCUGCAUGUUAUAUACUAGCAGUAUUGCCUGGCAUUACUCGGGUUUGUGUAACGUGAACACAAUACAACCAAUUCGCAGAUAAAACAUACUUUCCUUAAAAAUGCAGCUGUAAUGUAAUAAUGGUAAAACCACCAUAAAGGGGUUAAUGCGCAAUCGCUUUUCCAUCUCUGUGCACAGUAUGACUAUUGAGGCGAAAUGAAUCCCUUACUAAAAUUCGGAAAAUUUGAAUUUUUUUUCUUUAAAUCCAGUAUUUUGUUGUGGAGUACUCGAAGCCACAACAUAUCAUCACAACACAUUUAAAUUUGUACAUUGAACCGUAAAGUUUGAAAGCCAACUGCGACGUUGCAAUCGUAAGAGACGGGUUUUUUCCCUAAAAGAUGGCGCUGUCACCGCCGCAAUCAGGGAUUUUUCUGUGAUGAACGGCAAGCCAUUUAUGUGAAUCUCAAUCACAGACUCAGAGACCAGAAAUAGGGAACAGAUUUGUAUUUCACGAAAAAGUGGCAUGGAAAAUGAAUGAAUGAACAAAAAAGUUCAAUAAAGGAAGCAUGCCAAACAUUACGGAAAUUUAACAAAGUCCAGUAGAAAAUAAAGCACAAAAAAACAAAAUGAUCAAAGUAGGAUACAACCGGAGUAAACGUUGAAGAGCACGAAGAUGAGGGCACACACAGCAGUAAGCAAAGUAAACGUCUGACAAAGCUGAUAGGCACAGGCGUCCUUACAGUGCGUUCCUAAUGCGUCACAAAGACAGCGUGAUCCUGAACUCAUUUGCUCCCAAAAAAGUAUGAAUACGUUCUAUUUUUAAUUGUUUCAGUGUCCCAAAAACGUAUUUAUACGUCUUUUACGUUGUUUUUUUUUUUUUUUUUUACAAGAGGCAUCUCUAGGUUCUGUUGCACCUAAACUGCAAUGCACAAUGCUCAAAACACAUUUUAAAGCAAUAAAACUGGCCACUGGAGGGCAGUAGCGCAUUUUGUCAGAACUCAUCUCAGGCCAAGAAAGGAAGUGAAGAAAAAUAAUCAGGAAACGGAAGUUGGAGGGACCUUGUGAAGACGAGUGAGAAUUUGAGAAAAAUGUGGAGAACGAUCGGAGAAAAAAGGCAAAUGACACUGGAGGAGUGUUUUGAAAAGAAAACGAAAUCAUCGUCAAAAAAGGAUUCAGAAAAAUCUAUCUUGAUGAGACAGACGGUGACGGCCACAACAGCGUCAGGUUCCACAUGCGUUUUGCGGAGGUCACGUUGCGUUACUCCUGAGGCCAAGGUUGAAACCAACGAUGAAGAUGAUGAAAAAAGUGAGACCGAUCUUGAGCCUCCUCAUUCAACCGGGAGCAGCCGAGAGCCUUCCCCGUUGUUAUGUGCGCAAACAGUUCAACAGUUCAAUAGUUUAGUUAUGUGUAAAUAAAUUGUUACUUUGCGAUCAAAAGCUCUAUUUUUCUUGUUGUUUAUGUUAUUUUGUAGAACGAAAACAUUAUUCAGAUGUUUGGGAUGUCACAAAAGCGAAAAAUAGCUGUGUUAAAGUCAAAGUUAAGUUUGAAAUGUAUGCUUUUACAAAAAGCUCAAUUUCUCUGUUUUUUCAUUAGAAAUUGGAAAAUUGCUCAAACUAAGCUAUUUUCUAAUGCUGAUUUCUAAAGAAUGGGAAAAGAUAUGAACUAACAUUUUUUUGCUGAAAGAAGAGAGUCUAAUCUUUCUUUUGGUGGGUUCCAUCUUUAUAUAGCAAUAGAACAGAAUUUUCUGUAGGCCUUGCAAAAUCAGCCAAAAUCCAGGAAAACGGCCGGGAGCAAAGGGCCUUGCUCCAGUGAAAAUGGCUGGGAGUGAAUGAGUUAAUGCAUCACAAAGAACACCCGAAAACUCAAACAUGUCACAAAGAACAACUGAGAUCAAAAACAUGACAGCACAUGAUUUUCUAUGCUAAUUUUUAGAGUUUCAAAUUAAUUUUUCGCAGUUAAUGGAGACUUACAGAGAUCAAACUCAUCUGAGAACACUCCCAGAAACAUAAAGUACAACUGUGAACAUUUUGUUAAAAUCCACCCAGCAGUUUCGGAGUCCAUAGGGAAAAAACACCCACGCACCCCGACAAAUACACACAAACACGUUCCAUUUAUAUAUAAGAAUUUAACUGAAGUCCAGUUUACUUAAAAGUUGACUAUACAGUGUCUUGGUUUUGAGUUUUUAGUUUUCCCCCAAAGUUGAAAAUUUUAAUUGAAAUUGGAUGACUUAAUAUAUUUCAAGUUCAGCCAACAGCGCUUAUGGGAUGUAGAAACAAAGUGAGCUUAAUUUUCAGGCUCAAGGACAAGUCAAUAAUACAAAUAAGCCCUUAAAUCAGACUUUAACUAACUCCAAGCAAGUAAAAUGAGACAGCGGGAUUCCAUAUUUAGAGGCACAACUGUAAAUAGAGCACUUGUUUCAUGUCUAAACACAGCAAGCACAUUCCUCUUCCUCUCUCGUUUCCUGACACCUCUUUCGUUCAGUCUUUUAAUCAUUCUGAGUCUGUAUGGAAAAGCCAUAGAUAUGGGAUAUUCUCAUUGCUUCUCUGCAGGAUGUCCAGUAAGGAGCGCCACCUAGAAUCAAACUGUCCGUCCUCGUAUAUAAAGACUGAGCCAUCUAGCCCCGCCUCCCUGACAGACAGUCUAAACCACCACUCACCCGGCGGCUCCAGCGACGCAUCGGGCUCCUAUUCGUCCACCAUGAACGGCCACCCCAACGGUUUGGACUCCCCGAGUCUGUACGGCUCCGGCACGGGGCCCUUGGGUCCCGCCGGCGGUCCCGGAUCCAAGCGCUAUGAGGACUGCUCGUCGACAAUCGGGGAAGACUCGCAAAUAAAGUGCGAGUAUAUGUUAAAUUCCAUGCCCAAGAGGCUGUGUCUGGUGUGCGGGGACAUUGCUUCUGGCUACCACUAUGGUGUGGCGUCGUGUGAGGCCUGCAAGGCCUUCUUCAAACGCACCAUUCAAGGUAACAUUGAGUACAGCUGUCCAGCCACCAACGAGUGUGAAAUCACCAAGAGAAGACGCAAGUCGUGCCAGGCCUGCCGCUUCAUGAAGUGUCUGACUGUGGGCAUGCUGAGGGAGGGUAAGGGAAAAGGUGUUCGUCUGGACAGGGUUCGCGGUGGAAGACAGAAAUAUAAACGCCGGAUAGAUGCAGACAACAGCCCUUACCUGAACCCUCAGCUGGCUCUGCCUGCCAAGAAGCCAUUUGCCUUUGGCUGCCUUGCAGAUAACAAAAUCGUCUCUCACCUGCUGGUGGCCGAGCCAGAGAAGAUCUAUGCCAUGCCCGACCCGACAGUACCAGACAGCGACAUUAAGGCCCUGACUACGCUGUGCGACCUGGCCGACAGAGAGCUGGUGGUCAACAUCGGCUGGGCCAAGCACAUCCCAGGUUUCUCCACGCUGUCUCUAGCAGACCAAAUGAGUCUACUGCAGAGUGCAUGGAUGGAGAUCUUGAUCCUGCGUGUUGUGUACCGCUCGCUUUCCUUCGAAGACAAGCUGGUGUAUGCUGAGGACUACAUAAUGGAUGAGGACCAGUCAAAGCUGGCUGGGCUCCUGGACCUGAACAACGCCAUCCUGCAGCUGGUCAAGAAGUACAAAACCAUGAAGCUGGACAAGGAGGAAUUUGUCACUCUGAAGGCCAUCGCUUUGGCUAAUUCAGACUCAAUGCACAUUGAGGACGUGGAUGCAGUGCAAAAGCUCCAGGAUGUGCUCCACGAGGCCCUGCAGGACUACGAGGCUUCCCAGCACCAGGAGGACCCCCGGCGGACGGGCAAGUUGCUCAUGACCCUGCCCUUGCUCCGCCAGAUCUCCACCAAGGCCGUCCAGCACUUCUACAGCAUCAAGCAGGACGGCAAAGUGCCCAUGCACAAACUCUUCCUGGAGCUGCUGGAGGCCAAAGUGUGAGGGCAGAAAGUCCGAACAACUCUCAAACUUUUACAUACACACACGUUCGCACCCAAAUACACAAAAUAAUAUGCCCCUUAACUACGCCCACUACGACUAAACAAGUAAACUACUCCUGUUACAUUAAACUGUCUAAGAUUUGAACGAAGAGGCUCCAUUUUGAUUUUGGAGAUGGACCUUGCUGUUAUGACCCCAACCCCUCUUAAAGUGGAAAGACGAAGACACUCCUGCAGUUGUUGUCGUCUGCAAAAACACUGACAAUGACACUCACAUAUACUUUUAAUGAUGACAUAUUAACAGCAACAUGCUGACAAUGAGGACCCACUCAAAAGAAGUUCCGAGGACCGAUGAGACUUUUUCCCCCUUUGCUCCCCCGUAUAAUUUUUUAAGUGUUUAAGAGGAUAAAACGAUAAAAAAAUAAAAAAUAAAAACUCAAGAAGUAUUAAAGACAUUUGUAAUCACAUAUGUGUACAUUGACAUUUGGAAGGAAAAAGAAGAUGAUUGGAAGGAGAUUUGCCUGCCAAAAGAUGGAACACUUCCAUUCAGCGGAUGCCAGCAACUUUAUGCCAUUACCCCAAAUUCUUUGACUUUAAUUUUCUUUCAAUCUGAGGCCCUGGAGUGGUGAUUGAAAAGUGAUCAACUUUCCUAAGACUCAAAGGACUGGAGUUGAAAUUGGUUGGUGUUAACACUUCUUAAAUUUAGGACAUGGUUCCUGAAAAUUCAGCAACUUUUAUAACAACCUUUAUUUUUAUUCUUGUUGAAGUUGAAAAUAAUGUCAGACUGCAGACAUAAUUGAAGAGAUUGAGGGGCUUAAAAAGUCACUUUUCCACUGCGUAGUACCAACUCUCCUCAGAUGGACAUCUGGAUUGGACGUCUAGCACCGCCAAUAGUACUGAAAUAUGAGCAAUCACAGCCAUUCUUCCCAGUUUAAAUGAAUUGGACGUCUAUUCCCAUUAGGCAUGUGCCGGUAUGAGAUUUUAACGGUAUGCUAACCUUAAGCAAAAAUACCACGGUUUUACGGUAUUGAAAUUGUAGCUAUAAAAUGUGUUAUUUUGAGAUGUAUGGGCAGGAUUUUUUUUAUUUUUCACAUCAUAUUUGCAAAUUGGAACAUCAACAUGAAUAGAAUGUUAAAAAAAAAAUAAAAUAACAAAAAUAAUUACUGAAAUAAUUGUAAUAAAAUUGAAAUAAUUAGGACUUAUAGACUAAACCAACAGCCACAGCUGAAGUUGCUAAACAUUAGAACAAAAAUAUUUGUUUUCCUUAAAAAAAAGUAAAAACACUUCUGAACGAAAUUUAAUAUUGCAGGCACUUCACUGACUUUAAAUCUCAUCUCAACAUUUUUAGAGACUUGUUCAUUUUCUACAUAUUUCUCUCUCUGUCCAGGUUAUGAUACAGGAAUGUGAGUAUGUUCACCUUUUCUGGGUUAAUAUACCACAACUACUAUUAAUAUUAAUUAGUUGAAUAUUAAUGGAGGUUGAGUGCAAGAGACAGAACCCGUGUGUAUAACUCGUAUCAUCAUUUACACAUUAUACACACACACUCACCCUCUCUCAACACAGAAAGUCGCCAGAGAGAAAAAACGCCACAGGCUGUAUUAUGAAAAUGUUUUUUUGAACAGAUGUUUACUCUGGCAAAAAACUACAAAAGUUAUGGUUAUAGUGAGGAUAGUGAGGAAACAAAUUAGCUGUCUUGGCACGCUAACUAACCACGUUAAUUGCCUUGUUAACAAGCUUACGUUAUAGUAUUAGUUUUACCAUCGCUAUGCACACAAAACACGCUAGAGUGAACUCUCGUAGCUGGUGGAAAACGUUCAUGACGGCAUUUACUUACCUUAAAUUUUGUGUAAAGUGAUGGUGAUGAUGGUCAUGUAAAUGUAAAAUCAUGUUGGAGGUGUUGCCUGCACGUCGGCUGUCCUGCCCCCUCUAAGCCGCGGCCGUCUGUUUCUUUUCGGUAGCUGAAAUGCACCCAUAUUAGACUAACUUUUUUGAGGCGGGCUUGAAAAAGCUCAGGUGUAGUUUUGACAGCGACUGCAGUGUCACCGACACACUUGACAGAGCAACAACCAGAGGGGAAGGGGUGGGUGCUGCCACUCCAAGCCAUUUCUCGCCGCAUUUUUGGGACAUAAAAAUAGCAAAUAACGGACUACGGUAUGACGGAAAUUUUUUGUGGUUUUGAAACCGUGACGUUUCCAUACCACGGUAAACCUUGAAACCGGUAACCGGCACAUGCCUACUCUAAUUCCCAUCCAUGGCUUGCAAUGAGUUAUAUACUAUGAGGGGGAAAAAUCAAAUUGAGAGUGUUACUUGGAGCAGUAACCAUUGUGUAUUUGUUUUUAUUCAUUUUUUAAUUUCAUUUAGUUUUUAAUAACACUAAUUUAUAAAUAUAUUUAGAAUUAAAAACAAUGAUUAAUAAUGAAAAAAAAGCAAUUAUAAUAAUUUCUAAUAUUUUUUUCCAGUUUUUUUAAAUUACCAAAAAUUGUCGCUUGCCCCAUAAAGAGUUAAAGUUCUUAAGUGUCCCAGGACAACGCGAGCUACCAACUGCACCACAGCUGCCCCCCUAGUCAGAGCCGCUGCCAUCUUUUGGUGCAAAGUAGUAACUACACGAAGCAUAAAAUUUACAGCUCUGUACACAAGGUUGGAUGUCGCAAUUUUUGGAACUAGCACUUAAAUAGUUGUCAACUUUUGAAUAGCUCUCCAUUGUAGUGACCACUGUCCCUGAAAUGGCUAAUCGUAGGUGAGUUUGUGCCAUGCAAUGUACAAGUGGUAAAAAAAAAAUCAAAUCCAACAACUCUUCUUGUCUGUCAGUCUACAGUAUUUUCACCUCCUCACAGUUCACAGCCUUGCACACAUGUCACUCUGGUGUUGGAGAUAGUCAAGUGGCCUCAUGCAGUGCUUUCCUUUUGUGCUUCCUUCACAAGUUCAUCUUUACAAGAUGGCCUCAAAGCAGAUGUUCCACACAUGUGAUGGGCUAGUGUCAAGACAAAAGGUGACCGAAGCUUUAUUUUUGUUUCUUGACUUUUAUCAAAACAAUUAUAGCUAAGAAACUGAUAUUAGGAUUGUAAAUAAGUCAUCCUGUAUAGACGUAUAACAACAGCUUUUUUCUUUCUCCUUAAACUUAAAACACACUUUUCUCUACCAGCUUGACCACACUCAGUGGUUAUCAUAUGUAUAAAUAUAAUGACUUAUCAUGUAUUAACAAAUCAAAGUUCAUCAGAGCUUCCAAGUUACAGUUCAUUCAAAACGAGGGUGCAAGGAUGAGGUUUAGGGAAAAUAUGUAGCUUUUUUUUUUCUCUCAUUUGUCAGACAUUAAUAAUUAAUCAUAUGUAGCAGUCAUGAAAUUGUAGCGUGAAGAGCAUUGCUAUGGGCGACAAUACUAUUACAAUAAUCCUGUUUUUAACUUGUCAAGUAAACAAAAGCACCUUUCUAAGCAAUAUUUUCUGCCAAGUAGACAAACAUGGGGAACAUUAUGAGCCAUGUUUCCGCCAAGUGCUACAUGUCACAUAAAAGUUGGAUUUCGCUGACUAAAGGUUGGAAUAAAAUUCGAUUAAGCGCAUGUAAAUUAACAUUUUCAUAGAAAUGGGUAUGGAAAAAAAUACUAAUAAUUGAAAAUGAAAGUCAAAACCUAUUAACUAAGGCUAGGUUCAUACUGCAGAUCUUAUUGCACAAUUCUGAUUUUUUUCAUAUCUGUUUUUUGGCGUGCCCGUUCAGACUGCCUCUGUCAAUUGAGCACCUUCAAGUAUGACACAUUCGCACUAACUCGCAGUGCGACACGCACUGAGAAAACUGACCUGCAUACGUAGAGGCAUCAAAACAAAUGACUGCACAUGCUGGCUCUGCAUCAAUCUAGGGUCAUCAUUAGAGCUGAAACGAAUACUCGAGCAACUCGAGUAACUUGAGUUUAAAAACUGAUCCGAGUAAUUUUUUUCACCUCGAGGAAUCGUUUAAUUUUGCCAGCUCUAAGCAUCACGUUUUGCCCGGACUACUUUUAAUGCGGGACAACGGCUGACGUCACGUGCGUAGAGGAAGAAGCAAUUAGGAAAAAAAAAGAAAAAGAAAAAAACUUUACUGCAGCCGACAGCCACUACAAACUACGCCGACGUUGCUAAAAACUACCCCCGCAUGAUGCUAGUGUGGUAGCAGGUAGUGUCCGAUGCGUCUCAUAGAUAUCACAUGCAUUUAGGACUAGAUGCGAAAUGACAGACUUGGCCGCGUCUGGGCAGCGUUAGUAAACAGCUGCCCUCUUUAAGCAGUAGACUUCUCAGCACUAAUAUAUAUAACGAUACUGUCACUCGCUCACGUAACGUUAGCCCUUCGGAGGGCUAGGUUUCUAUUGAUUAAGACCACUGUCGAUGCGUGGCUAACGUGUCUUACAUACAGGCUUUAUUUAAUCUGUAAAAACACAGGGCUGUAGAGUGAGGAGGGUGUAAAAUAAAAACUUAAUAAUGCUGUCAAUUUUAGCUCAGUAAUCAUUGCUGGAUAAAACGCCAAGUAGCACUGGUCACUAAUGUGCUCCAAUACAGCAGGUGUCAUACAUUUAUUUUGAACACUGCAAAAACUCAAAAUCCUAUCAGCACUUACAGUUUAGACUAACUUAAAACUUAACUAGAACUUAAAAAUAGCUUGACACAAAUGGAAAUUCAAUUGAAACACGUGGGAAAAACACGUAGCUUUCAAGUGAUGUGUGUUAUCAAGCGUAAUGUCAUUUUUAGGUAAGAAAUAUGUUUUUUUUUAUAAGAUCUAGAAGUUUUUUGAGUGAAAGCAGUGAAUUUUUUUUCUAGUCACAUCUGAGAUGCAAUUGUUGGCUGUUUUCAACAAUGUACAUCGAAAAUAAAGACAUUGAUUGACUGAAAAUGGUUCAAUAUUGGAUUAAAUGUCUUUUUUUUCCUCAUGUAUAUUUAUAAUUGCUCUUUACCUAAAAAAAAAAAAAAGUUUUAUCCAAUUACUCGAUUAAUCGAUAGAAUUUUCAGUCGAAUACUCGACUACUAAAAUAUCCGAUAGCUGCAGCCCUAGUGAUCAUAACUUGAUUUCCAAAAAGAGGACACAAAUAAGACAUAAAUAAUCCUCGUUCAGUCCUAUAUUCAAAGUUUACAUGGAUUGAUAGAACGCAUGCACCGUACGUGUGUGCGCCGUGCCUGCACGCACACACAUACGGUCAGUUUGCCCCGACUCUGGGCCAUGUAAGCAAUACUGAAAUACAGUACUGCUCAUUUAGCACUCUGAAAGAAAACCGAGCAUUGUCAGGCAUGCCCCCCUCCCCGCCCUAAUUUUAUUAUUUUUAUGACUUGUCAAGUCUUUGUCUUCCCAAAAAGCCGAGCGCUAAUGUACAGCUCCUCUGAUCCUGCUUUUAGUCUAAUUUUGUGAUUGUUUGAUGAUUCCCAUAAUUCUUCUAAACCGCCUUUGCGUGUCUUGAAAAACGCUCUAGAAAUAAAAUGUAUUAUUAUCAUUAUCGCUGUCGUCCUCCGUGCCUCUCGCUCUUUGCUGACGUAAUUGCUGCAUGAAUUCCGAUUUGGGAGAUUUGACAGGUCAGACCGCCGCCACAUUCUGGAAAAAUUAUCGGAUUUAAACCACAUACGAAAGUGACCCAGAUCGGAUUUGAAAUGGUCCACUUCUAUGUGACUUGUCACGUUCAGACUGUCAAGUAAAUGCCUCACUCGAGUCGGAAAAACACGAAAAAAAUCUGAUUUGUGCAUUAAGACCUGCGGUAUGAACCUAGCCUAAUUGUAGUUGUAAAAGUUUGAGACCUGUGCAUUAGCUGGGACUGAUGUCAUAUACUGUACUGUACUUAUCCAAAUUAUGUUUGAAAUUACACGCAGCAAAAUCAGGUUUUUGCUGGUUUCUGUAAAAAGCAAAAGAAUCUUAAUUUGUGCUCAAUCUCAAUCAAUCAAUCUGGCACAGUUGUUUUGUCGGAUCUCUGUAUAAAAGACUCCCAUCAGUGACCUGCAGCGCUUGGUAGAAAUCAGCCAUAAAUAAGCAAAUGCUGAUUUGAGCUAUGUAAAAUUGUGCUCAAACAGAAUGGCAUCACUUAUAAACACUCACGCUGAUUUUGCCCGUAUCUCUGUUUUAAAACAUCUAAUUUCUUAAAGUGCAAUCAGUGUAAGUGACAAAGAUCAAAACAAAUUUUAGCACUCUAUAAUUCAUUACAUCAAUUAUUCUGUGUUUUUCGAGUUCUUCUUUCAUCAGAAUCAAUCUGAACUGAAGGUUCAAUCACUCGUUAUAGCUUUAACAUUUGGGAAUUAAAAAAAAAAAAUCAUACUAUAUUAUCUAUGUAAUUUGUAAUGAUUGAUAAGAAUGUCAAAUGUUUAUUCACCCUACUAGAAGCUGGCAGCUGAUGAGUUAAGAAGUGUAGACCAUCUCUGACAUCGCUCGCAAACAUUAUUAGUGGCUAUUUUCUCAGCCUUCGUUACCGUUGUAUAUUGUAAAUAAAGACAGAUUACAAUUCUAACAAGACAUUUUAUCGGAAACAAAGAAUUUUUAGGAAAGCAACAACAAAUGUAGCUCAACCUCGUAAGUUUCAUGUUGCCCGUUUCUUCUUCGGAGUAAAAAAAUUACUUUUGAUUCCCCAUGUCUUCCUUCGUUUUUUGGCUCUCGUGCCAUGCGCUUCCCACUUUAUUAGCCGGCACCCAUUAGACUAGAGGCCGUGGGGUCUGGCUGCUGGAGUGGUGCUCUGAUGCAAAGAACUCUUCUAAAUCGCAGCACUCAUCUCUAACCGACUACACAUACUUAAUGAAUUAUUUAGUAUCUAAAUGAUAAACGCAAGUAUUUAAAGGAGGAGGGUCAUUUGUGUAACUUUCCUGUAGAACAAACAAUAUUCUGUAUAUCUUUUAAGUUCCGAUAACAGAGACUGAAUGAGUUUGAGAACCUUUUGAUAAGCUCGCUGUACAUAUAUAACUACCUUCCACGCAGCUUGACACCUCAGUCAUUUUGUCCAAUUUCUUGAAAUCAUUUUCUAAUAUUUUUAAUUAAUUACAGGGAAGAGCAAAAGGCCGAAACUCUGAUCUUUCAAUUAUUUUUAUGAGACAUUUUGUCUGAUUCCUUAAAUGUACGCUGUAAGGCUUGAAGAAUCCUUAAAUUAUACAUGUCACGUAUAAUGUACAUUAUUGUUUUUUUCUCUUAUACAAUUCAACAAAUGGUGCUUGUAUUUUUUUGUUUGUUUCAAUUUAAUAUUAAAUUGUCACCUAUUAAAGUUAAGCCAGUAAUGUUGUGUUCCAAGUUUCCCAAAUGUGCACUUGAUUUGACUUUAUUCACUUGUUAAAAACGGCAGUAUUUUAAAUAAAAAUGACACUUAGGUCGAUUCAAUUGUUUUAAGCUGCCACAGAUCCGAGAAAUGCUUCAAUUUGCUUUGACUUUGUAAAAGUUUUUAUGUCUUGGAAGCGAUAUUUUUGUUGACAGAACUCUUGACGAGUUGCACUUGUGAUCAAUUAUUGGAGUCGAAACCCAUACAAAUGGACAAAGUGGUAUUUUCCAUGAGGUGCAAUGGGGAAAGGAGUGGAGUGUUUUGACCUGGUUGCACUUUAAGCACCAUGUUGUGUUUCUUUCAUCUGUUACUAAGACACAUUCGCUGCAAAUAUUGUAUGUAAGCCAACUCUGACUUGUGAAGCUGAAGCAGCAAAGAAAAGGAUUGUCCAUCCCAGCUCUACAGUCAUUUAAUUGUAUUUAAAUGUAGCUGCCACUUGGGCAGCAUUCGUGGGCGAGGGAGAGUUUGAAUAAAAACUUUUGGAGGAAAAAAAUGAUAAAAAAAGUCCCUUGCCUUGUGACGAGUUCUGGACGAAGGAAGAGAAAGAGACCUUGUAUUGUUAUGAAAAACAUGUUCGUAGAUUUUAGAUGUGCUUCACAUCAUAAAAUGAAAAAGAAAAGAAAAAAACAAUUACCUGUAUAUUUUUGUGAUGUGUAUCAUACAAGUGUGCUCCAAUGAUAAUGUCCAUUUGUGUAAAUGUAUUUAUUUCACACUGUAUAUAUUGUUCAAUGCAAAAAGAGAGACCUAUGAUUCUGUAAGUUAAACGACUAUUGUUUGAAACAUUACAUGUGUUACUCCAGACUAUGCCUUUCAGGAUUAUUACAGUAGAGCAAUAUCGAUUAAAACCAGGCUUCCAGUUUUGAAUCUUGUUCUCCUCCUUAUUUGAAAGACACCACAUUUGUUUAGAAAUGAUAAACUUGAACUCACUAACUUAUUGAAGUUAAAAUCUAAUGUUGAUACUAUUCAUUCAUUCAUCUUCUGAAUCGCUUAUGGCCGUUGCAAACUUGCGGCAGCCUAGUGUGAAGGGGGGGCAGGCGUACUUAUGUCUGUGCUAUCAGGCUGAUUCAGCGGACAGAUAUACGCAAAUCACGGCUGAAAAAACCUUGAUAAAUGCAAUAAAAAAGUUUUGCAAGCUCUGAGACACUCGAAAAAUUACUUUCAUACCUCUCCUUGCUUAGCUAAAUUGUACCUCGAUGUACAUUUGUGUGGAAAUGUACUUCACGAACAACAAUAUUAUUCAUCUUAUCACCAAAACUAGUAAAAUUCUAUACAUGGCUAUUAUAGUGCCCCCUAUUCCUUGAAAUAUGACAUUUUGCUGUUUUUAAAAAAAUAAAUAAAUAAAUAAAUGAACGCAUCGUUGCUUUGGACUAUAGUAAAUAGGCUUGCUGGUUUUGACUUCCUGACAACGUCUACGUCAGGCUGCGUGGCCCCUCCUGUUUUGUGCUUGUGCACCGGGCUGACGCUAGUGUAAAUAGACCUUUAUCCUCAUGAGGGUCACAGGGUUGCUGGAGCCUAUCCUAGAUAACAACGGGCAGGAGAAAGGUUACACUCUGAACUGGUCACCAGCCAGCCGCAGAGCACAACCAAAACAAACAACCAUUCACACACAUACUCACACCUACGGAGAAUUUGAAGUGUUCAAACUUCAAAUCACGUUUUUGGAAGUGGGAGGAUAGAAACAACUGGUAAAAGAAACAUACCAACACUAAAAUACACAUGAUCCAGUCAACAUUGUAAAUUCAGCGUGUCCUUGAGUUACGAACGAGUUCCGUUUCUAUGAUGGCGACAUAACCCCCUAAGUCGGAUUUCACCAUUAUAGUCGAAUUCACGUCAAAAUACUUUGUUUAAAAAACUAAAAUACUGUAACGAAUCGGGUUGCCUGUAUUGUUGAGGUUGCAGUGUUGAUGUCUGGCGUGUUUAAAAUGAUAUUAUGACGGGGCGCGGGGCCGAUUAAUAAGGGGCCUGCAUUGUUGGCGUAGCCGUCAAAGCUGACCGGGUGGAAUCACAGACAAAGAGCUUUUUUUCGUUGAAAAUUCUUGUGAAUAAAUGCUUUAAUCCCUGAAUUCUUUAUAGAUAUGGACGCAAAACAGUCUUGAUUCUUGGUUAAAAGCAAAAAAAACGGGCAGUUAGCAUUUAUUUUACGUAAAUAUGUCGAAGAAUGAUACUAGUCUGUUAGACAAUGUGGCGGCAGCCUUACAACAAAGAGCUUUUUACGUUGAAAAUUCAUGUGAAGAAACGAAAAAUAUAAUUAAUACCUUGAAUCCUCAAACAAAUCACUCCUGAGACAAUCCUUCCUGUUUGUAUGCGGUACAGUUAUCGUACUUUUUCAACCUAAAUCCGGCGUUGGAUUGCUGCAUGUG